AUGGGUGUUGGCAUUCGGGGACUCCGGCAAUCGAGCUGGCUCACCAUCCGUCCUGGAGGGGAGUUGAGCAGUCACGAAGCCCUGCCCAUGUACGACCAGCUUCCUCCACUGGGUGUGUAUUUAGUGGCCUUGCUGUACAGGAAAGAACAAAGAGGACCAGCCGUCAGGGAUGGCUUCAUGCAGAGGUUCAUCCUUGCACUGGAUGAGGGAGGAGAAUAUGAUUCAGUGGGCCUUCCGAGCUGGAGAGACCACCCUAGACAGAAGACAGCCUACAUCUACCUGAACCUGCCUUACAACCCCUGGCAGUCUCUGAUGCUGCCGGAGAGGCACACAACUGAAGAAGAAGGGUGGGCCUCCUGCCUGCAGCUGCCAGUUUCGUUUCCUGCUGGCUCGGGGAUUGGUUUCCAGGCACUCCCUGGGGCGCCAGUGGCCCGGGCAGGGGGCGCAGGAGUUGGCGGGAGACUCGUCGGGGGUCUGCCCGGCCCCGCGGCGCGGGGUUCAUGGACCGGGCCGCCCCGGGCAGCGGUGCCAGCUCCCUGCCACUGCUCCUGGCCCUCGCCCUGGUUGUGUGGAAAUUCCCCCAAAUUCUGGAAGACCCCAGUACUGCCAACAUGCUUUGCUGUGUCCACUGAAGGUGCCCCUGCUGAUGCUUGGCUUGCUGAGUUCUCUGCUCGAGUUGAAGGUCUAGUGAUCCUCCACUGUGUUGUGGCAGAUGAGAAUUCAACCAGAAGUCCAGAAAAUGAGGACCUUCUCUGUGGAGAUCCUGGAGCAAAUUGCGCAGCCACCACCACACAAUCAAAACGGAGAGGCCACUUCUCUCGGUGCCCCAAGCAAUACAAGCAUUACUGCAUCAAAGGGAGAUGCCGCUUCGUGGUGGCCGAACAGACACCCUCCUGCGUCUGUGAUGAAGGCUAUACGGGGGCAAGGUGUGAGAGAGUUGACCUCUUUUACCUAAGAGGAGACAGAGGGCAAAUUCUGGUGAUUUGUCUAAUAGCAGUUAUGGUCAUUUUUAUCAUUCUGGUGAUCAGUGUCUGCACAUGCUGUCAUCCUCUUCGGAAACGUCACAAAAAAAGGAAGAAGGAAGAAGAAAUGGAAACUCUGGGUAAAGACAUAACUCCAGUAAAUGAAGAUAUUCAAGAGACUAGUAUUGCUUAAUGGCUAUGAAGGUACCUCCAGGCUAGUGGCAAGCUACAAAAUGCCUUGCUCAUUUGAAAAUGGACAGAAUGUGUCUCAGGAAAAGAGCUUUCAGAAAUGAAUUUUAAAUAAUGUAUUUACUUUUUGUUUGUAAUGUUAGUUUGUGUUUUUUUACUAUUGUUUUUAUAAUAAUAAUUAAGUAAUUUUAUUAUUGUUUGGUAAUUGGAGAAAAGCACCCAGCUAAAAAGGGAAAUUUUAAUAAACUUUCACUUAAGUUUUAUUACCAGGAUUAUUAGUCAAAUGAGAAAUCUUAGGAAUUGAAAUUGACUUAACAAUAAACCUACCAUUUAUCAACACUUACCAUGAGUUAGGAGUUUGAAAUAUAUUAUUUCCUUUAAUACUUUCAAUAACCUAUAAGAUAUGUGGUAUAAUCUUCAUUUCCCAUGUAUGGAAACAGGCCCUCAGAAAUUAAAUAAUCUAACCUAGGUUUACAGAGUUAGGAAUUGGUGGGGCUGGAAUUAGAACCAAGUUCAACGUUUGAUCCCUUGAAGCAUCAUUUCUGUCAAUUGGAGUUUGUUAAAUCUCACUAAACUAUAAAUAAUAGCACUGGAAAAGACUGCUUUUCACAGAGUAGUGAUCAGUGACGGCACAGAAGAGCCCAAGCAGAGACUGGUUGUGACCAUAUCCUCAUUUUUGUUCUAAGGAACAGUGCUUCUGAUUGCUUUCAGGUGAGUAUUGUUGUAGUGAAAUCAUGAGCAUAAACAUUAAUUACUUUGGACCAUCUUGCCAAAUGCUCCCUUAAACUCCAUAGGAUAUUUUUAAAAGACUCUUUUAAAACUGAAAAAAUGAAAUCUACAGAUAGCCAAUAUUCCCAGAGAAGAUGGAACUUUCUACAUUGACUAAGUGGAUCACUUACAAAAACCCAUGGAAGAUGCCCUCAGAUUGCUGCACUUUGGUCAUUAUGCCUGUCAGCCAAGCAGCUUCUCUUCCAGAAUCUUUGUAAAUUUUCUUUUGCAGUGUAGACUCCAUAUACAACAUGAAGCAGAGAACUCAGACACGAUGUGAAGUUGUAAAUCACCUAUCACAUGUAGUGUUUUGAGUGAGACUAAGGUUGUCUUGUAUAUAACACAGAAAUAACUCAAGUAUCAAUACCAGAUAAGUCAAAUAACUUUUCAUUUUCUAAAUCUAGUUUUUCUCCUGACUUAAUAGCUAUUCUUGAAACAGAAUUAUAUCCAAUGAUUUAUGUUAUAUGUGCUUUAUUUUCAAAAGUGUCUUUCAGGACUCAUUCAUGCCCUUUAUCUUUCCCAGUUUUCUUUGAUACUAAGAGUGCUUGAAAUGAACAUUUUUCAGAGUACUUAAAACAAAAAAACAUGCCAUAAAUGUUUCUUCUUUCUUGAACUGAUGUUGGCUGACCAGUGGAAUCUCUCAAGCCAAUUCAGGCUUGAGAAUUUGUUUUGAUCCUAAAAUGUUAAUGGUGUCUCUUGAAAUUUGAUAGGUCUGAUGUCAAGAAAAGACUUUAAGGAUUUUGAUAUCUUUUCAAAAUGUGUUUUAUAACUGUUUUGCCUAUAUUAAAUGACCUUGUCAAUAUUAUUGUAUAAUAAAUUUAUUUUUAAAAUAGAGAAAACAUAUAUUGACUUCAGAAUUUAUAUUGGUGCCAUGAAUUAUUAUUAGAAAUAAACUUGAACAUUAUUGCUCUAAAAACUCUGUGUUUUGUAGAAACUACCAUUAAUACACUUGAAACAGUCCAUUCUGACCAUGUGUUUCUUUAGAAGCUAAACAAUUUGGAAAUGUGGUGGGCAUCUGUGGGACUGUGCCCAACAACCUGGCUAUAGUUUUGAAUCCCACCCCCAGCUGCAUUUCGUUCAUUUAAGGUAAAUAUUUAAUGAAGUUGGGCCAACUGGAUUCAUUCCCAGGGGUAUUGGUGUUGAACUGAAGCUAGUCUUCUUUGGGUAUUAGGGGUAUAAAAAUGGGCAUUUUGAAGCUAUUGGCAGUCAUGUUUUGCUCCAUGUAGACUAGAAAAGCAAAGAAGGCUGGUCAGAGGACAGAAAUGAGACAUGAGUUUCAUGUGAGUUUGAAUUUCCUGUUACAUGUAUUCUCACAGUUUAGCCUUAUUCCAUUCCAUAAUUCCAUAAUGGAAUUCCAGACUCACAGAGUCUGUGGGCUGUAAGAGACAUGUCAUUAUCUUUACAAUAAAUUCCUCAUUUGGCUUAAGCUAGUUCUAUUUGGGUUUCUAUAACCUAGAACCAAGACCCUGACCAACUCUUGUGCAUCAUGAGAUUGUGGACAACAGUUUUAUUAAAGCAGAGAUGACAUCCUUUCUGAAACAGAAUAUCAAAUGAUGGUUUUCAAAUAGUGCCGCCAGUUGUAU